AUGGUACAAAUAGAGGAGGAUACACGAAGCUUGACAAUCGUCGUCACGCAUACAGUUUAUUUCGGUCUCAUGACAGUUUUGGCACUAGCUGGAAACUUGCUCGUUUUUCUCGCUCUCUACAGAAACAGGAGAUUACGAAAUAUCACUAACCUGUACGUGCUGUCUCUGGCAGUGGCUGAUGUGACUGUAGCUACCUUUCUUUUUCCUUUUAAAGCAAUCGCCUCUGGCUUACGUAGGUGGCCAUUUGGUUACAAUUUUGCCCAGUUUGUUGGUUGUAUUCAGCUCCUCUGGAUUGGAGCGUCAGUUUGUACCCUUAUACUAACAGCUUUAAAUCGAUAUUUUUGCGUUGUAAAGCCACAAAGGUACUCCAUUUACUUCAGUAGAAAGAAAGCGACUGUGUCGAUCAUUUUAGUUUGGUUAGUAAUUUGUGUUUUUCAUUUACCGUUGCUUUCUCUUCGCAAUUUGUUUACAUCUGGAAUCCAAACGUCCCCAUGUUCCGUAUAGAAACUGCCAGGGCUGGUAAUAUCGCUUACUCAUGCUUUGGUUUGCUAUCAAUCUCGAUAGUAGUGUAUGGUUAUGGAAGCGUCUAUCGAGUCAUACUACGACACAAUAAUGCUGUCGCCCCUUCUCUUCAAGGAGCCAAUAGCUCAGGUGCAGCGCGGGCACAGGAGAUAAAAUCCUGUCGAGUUCUUUUUGCCACCGUGUUUGGAUUCUGCACCACCUGGUUUCCUUGGAUUUGUUUCUUAAUGUUAGAACAUGGCUUUAACAUUUCCAUUCCAUCCGUUGCACUAUCGAUUGCAAUGUUGUCAACUUCCAUCUCUGCGUGGAUCAAUCCGGUGAUCUAUGGUGUGAUGAAUCAAGCAAUGCGAAAGGAGUUUCAAAACAUACUUCUAUGUCGGAAUUGA